AGGUUGUGGCAAUAGUUGAAGUAUUUAAGAAAAGAGAGUAGAACGGGACGAAUUGUAGAUUUAACUGUAUUACGCUCAACUUUGCGAAAAAGCCGGACACUGUAAAAAUCCGAUCGGACCCCGGACAAAGAGCUAAAAAGGAGGACAUGUCCGGAUUAAUCCGGACGUCUGGUCACCCUAACGAAGACCAACUUAAAAAAGUAGGGGUUUGCAUUCGACUCCACAGCAUGUGAAUCUGGUGAAGAACAGACAAUGUGCCAUCUUCUUGUCUGUAGCCUAUGCCCAACGUCAUGCACGCCACAGAAUGUCAUCAAUGCCACCAAGGAAGCAUACGAAGUUGCUGCAUACCGGUCACGCCGCAUUUAAUUGUUAAAAUCCAAGAACCCAUAAACAAAGCAUGGUAACACCAUGGGUGUAAAAGGACUGCAAACUUAUUGCGCUGAUAAUUGUUCGGAUGUGUGUGAGCGUGUAAAUAUUGAACAUCUGUCACAGCAGUACCAAAACACCACUGGCAGAAGUCCUACAAUAGUUGUAGAUGGUCCAUCCUGUCUUCGUAGGAUAUAUGGUAACAACAGCUGGGUUUGUGGAGGGCAGUUCAAACAGUUUGUGGAAAAUUGCUGUGGCUUUGUUGAUAGAUUCCAGAAUGUCGGAAUAAAGUUGGUGUUCUUUUUUGAUGGUCCAACUGUAAAUGAGAAGAGGGAGACAUGGAUUCAAAGAAGGAAAAGAAGCAUCAGGGAUAUUGAGAGAAUAUUUGAUUCUUUAUCACAAAGACAUUUUUGGGAAGAAAGGUUUCCUUAUCAGCAGCCUGCUGGACUUAAUCAUUUUGCAAGAUGUAUUUUUAAACAUUUAUGUCACUGUGAGGUCCACACCUCAGUGCAAGAGUGUGAUUUUGAAAUUGCAGAGUUUGCAAGAAAUAAUUCUUGUUUUGCAGUCAUGGGCCAAGACAGCGAUUUUAUCAUUUACAAUUCAGCACCAUAUUAUUUCUCUGCUGAGAACUUAGAUUUAGUGACAUUAGAAACAGUUAAUUUUAACACGAAAGCACUUGCGGACUGUUUGAAAUUAAGUGUACUGCAUCUGCCUCUUUUUGCCUCUCUGAUGGGAAAUGACAUUAUACCUGCAGAAAAACUGAAAAACUUUCACACCACAUAUUGUCAAAGAAAAACUGGAAAUAAAUUUGAAGAUAUUGCCCUUGGUGUAGCUGAUUACAUAAGAAAUUUCCCUCCGGUGGGCAGUGGUUUGCAUGAUUACGUUGAAGAAAUAUGCAGGGUUGUGUUUAAUGAUAUUUCUAUGUGUGACAGCCUUCAUCAGAGCAUUUUGAGUUAUAUACCAGGUGAAAAUGAGGGAGAGAGUAUUGCUCAAAGAAGUAAUGCUCAAACAAGCUGGGAACAAAUAAUACUUGAAGCAACAUCAAAACACAAAAGAAAUGACAUUCCAUCAAGUAUAUAUGCAACAGUUAUGCAAAUGCCAUAUGAAGCUAGUACAUACAUGGAAGACUUCAGGAAAAUGGAUAUUCCUAGUUCAGGAAUUAUAACUCGAAGGAUUAGACAGAGACUUUACUCUGUUAUAUUGUCUGAGUGCCCUCAGGCAGAUUCAAUGGAAGAAUGGUGUGUGACAGGAAGAGAAAGUUUAGAGAGGCCAUAUGCAGUACCUAUUCUGAAACCUUUGCCAGGCAGGAUAAAGCACUCAGGUUUACUCACAUUAUGGGAUCAUCGGAAGAAAGAUGAACCAGUUAUGAAUGAAAGAUGGACUUUGCUGUCAUGGAUAAUAUCGCCAAAACUUCCAGCGCUAAGACUGAGACAUCUUCAAACCCAUCUUGUUGCCCCAGUGGCAGCAUUAUUUUACAUGAUUCAUGAAGUUCAUCCAGUCUUUCUCACUCCUGAAGAACUGGACCUGUUUAUAGUGGUUUCAGUAAUUAUGGAGCAGUGUGACACGUCUUGGCUUUCUAAGAUUGUAGUAAGAUGGCCAGAUGCCAGAGCCAUUAGACUCACAACAUUGUAUCUUAGAUUACUGGUACACGUGUUUGAUGUAAAUGGAGCGUGUGGCUUUCCAAUCCCACCUCAAGAUGGUUUACCGUCUAAUUGUUUUGAUGGUAAGUUAUUCCAACACUUGUACUAUAACAUGAAGAGGGGUCAUUCCCCACGGCAUGAACUACGAAGCGCUUAUCACGUUCAACAGUUUUGGAAUGUGAGAAACCUAAUUGUGGGUGAAUGAUUUUUCUUAUCAUAAUGUAUUAUGGUUCUUGUUCAAUCAGGUUGUCACUUCUAGCCAUGUGAUGACUUUUUAUGUAAAAGAUAUUGACAUGGGCCUACUCAGUAAACAUGUAUAUUAGGUUAUUCACAUUUUAUAUAACAUUGUUGUUGAAAUAAACAUAGUUUUGAUAGAAUAAAAAACACCUUGAAUUGA